AUGCACCCCACUGCGUCGAGCCGAAGUAGAAUUCGUCGUGGAUGGGAGAAGCACAACAGGAACCGAGCAUAUUCCUACAACCCAAUCGGGCACGAGGCUCUCAGCCGAAUCGGACAUGCUAAUGGGGACCUACGGACAUCCGUUUCAGGGCAAGGUCCCCACCCGCCAUACGUUAAUGCUUACCUUUACCAGAACCUCAUGCCUGCCCUCCGCCUCUCCACCCGCCGGAGACGCUCGUCACUCGCUUUCACCCCAGCCAAAGCAGGCAUCUACGGCGUCUCUCGCCCCGUAACAUUCGCGCCAAACGUCACGCCUGUCUCCUACGUCGACGAUGAAUCUUCCUCAAAUCUAUUAACCGCCUCUGAGGAGCCAGCCUCGUUAGAAAACACCCUCUUUCCACCAAGCGCAACACCUGCCCCCCCACCUGCGAGAAAACGCUGUCCGCCCGGCAAGCGCCGGUCAAUGGGAUAUAUCCCCCGCCCGCCCAACGCGUUCAUGCUCUUCCGUGCUGAUUUCGUGAGGCAGAAACAUGUCCCUGGGUCGAUAGAGACCAACCAUGGGUCGUUGUCCAAAAUUAUUGGCAACUGCUGGCGCGCCCUCCCCCUCGAAGAAAAACGCGUCUGGGAAGUCCGCGCAAAGCACGCAAAAGCAGACCACAAACUCCAAUACCCCGAAUACAAAUUCCGCCCCGUCCACAACAAGAACAAGGACAAGACGAAGAAGGAGAAGGCGCCUGUGACGGUGGAGGAUGAACGACGAUGCGAGGAGGUUGCGCAGCUUUUGUUGGAGGGGAAGAAAGGGGAGGAGUUGGCUGCUGCUGUUAGGGAUUUGGAUAGUCGUUCUGAUUUCACCAGGGCGGGUUCUGGUUCUGGGUUGUUCGUACACCAGCAACAACAACAACAACGCGAGCAUAGAAGAUCAUCAAGCGUUCCCCUGCCAAACGACUAUUAUCCCGCCUUCAGCGGUAUAACACUCCCCAGCGUCCCCUUCCUUCCUACCUCCCGCGCCCCAUCCCCCGUCAACUCAAUCUCACGACACCUCUACCAAGCGGCACAGUAUAACCACCUAGGACACCGUCGUUCCUCAUCCGCGGGGGCCAUGUUCUCCCCACAUCACUUCCAACAAUCCCGAUCAUGGACGAUGCCUCUAGAAACUCAAGCGCACACACUCUCCCUGCAACGAGACCACUCCCCGCUCCCGGAAGUCGACACGUCGUUGUUCAACCCUUCCUUUCAACUGGAAAGUCCCAUACAGGAAUCACCGUUCAACGUUGCAGACUUGAUCGCAGGUCUUCCCUCCCAUGUGGAUCCGUCCCUCAACUCACAUCAUUCCGUCUCCGUGGGCCCACUGGAAGGUCUUAGCCCACACGAUACGCAUACGUUAGGUCCCUUCCCAGACGCUAUGGACUGGUUGACACCAGCUGCGUCGGAAGCGUAUUCGGAGGCGCCGACGCCUUAUGAGUAUGAUUAUGAAGGUACACCUCCUUUCGCGCGGGACGACCCUUCCCUCUUCACCCACGCGAGGAGUGAAGGCGACUCAGGGAGUCCGUAUACACCUCCGAACGGGAACCCUCCCCUUCCUUCGCAUUCCCACUUUGAUAACGCCUCGAUUCAACCUGUUGCUGUGUUACACCAACCGAAACCAACUACGCCAACCGCAAGCGCGUUCAGCGAUAUGUGGAAAGAUGUGGGUGGGGAUGUGUAUGGUGGGUUGAACAUCGGCGGGGGGGAUGGGUAUUCGGCUGAGGAGGCGUUUGAUACGCUUUUUGAGUUUGAUGCUGGGUAUGGUGUUGGUGGUGAAGGAGGGGGGUAUGAGUAUGAGGGGAUGGGUAUGGUUGGUUGA